AUGAUGUGGAAUAAUGAGGCACCAACCUGCACCGCAAUUCCGUGUGACCCUCUCGUGGCACCAGCAAAUGGUGAAUUGGACGUGUCAAACAACGGCAACUUUCCCGCCACUGCAACCUACAAUUGCCAAGCUGGUUACACGCUGACAGCGGAUGGCACCCGCACCUGCCAGACAGAUGGCACAUGGAGCGGGUCUGUGCCAGCCUGUACUGGUGUGCCAUGUGAAACUCUCACAGCACCGCCGUAUGGUGCCGUGAGCAGCACCCACAAUUGGUUUCCUAGCACGGUCACCUUCACUUGCUUUGAUGGCUAUGAAUUGGCUGGAGCAAGCUCUUUGGAGUGUCGGUCAGACGGGAGUUGGAGUGACAGCUCACCCACCUGCAAACCAUGCGCCGUCAACAUGUUCCGCAAUACCUCCACCUCAGGCCCUCAGUGCGAGUCCUGCCCAGCGUUCAGCUCAACUGACGGCCUCACGGCACGUGCCACGUGCGCCUGUAAUGCUGGCUUUGGUGGUGUGGCUGGCUCAUGUCAAGCUUGUCCUGUAAACACCUCAAAGAGCACAGUUGACAAUGCACCCUGCACUGCUUGUGCGCCAGGAUACAUGACCUCUGGCACCAACGCUGAGACAUGUGAUGGCGUACCUUGUGCCAUGGUCCCCAGUAUUGCCUACGGAUCGUUCAUUUCCACAAACAACAAUCGCUAUCCCUCGACUGGCACUUUCAGUUGCGAGACUGGGUUUGCGCUCGCCAACGAUGACAAUGGGGUGCGCACCUGUCAGAUUGAUGGAUCGUGGUCCGCCGAAGCCGCCAGCUGCAGUCCCGUGUGUGGCGACGGUAUUCGAGUGUUUGGGGAAGAGUGCGACGACGGCGCCAACAACGGGAACGACGGCUGUGCAGACAACUGCACAAUCACGCCUGGCUAUUACUGCCAUACAGAGGGCGAGCCCUGCUCAGUGUGUUCCAUCAACACACCACCUUCCGAUCUCACGGUUGAUUGUGCUGAUUACACCGUCGAUUUGGCGGUGUGGCGCGCGAACAACCUCGGUGCGGUGGCUGACACGCACACCAAUUGUGGAGCUCCGACUUUCACCACGACGGCCCUCAAUGUAACUGGCACUGACCCAGGGUGCAGCGCCCAUCUCUUCCGGGUGGAUGUUACCUUUGCCAAGGGAGGUUCUGACUUUUCGCUAGCCAACCUUCGAACGUCGGAUACGGUGCCGCCAGUGUUCACGGCAGUACCCGAUGGAGGCCUCACAUAUCAAUGCCACGAAUUGCCAUCGGCCAGUAGCGGUAUUUCCGCCACCGACACAUGUGCAGCCUUUGUCAACAUCACGAGCCGCGAUGAAACUAUCGCCGGGGCCUGCGCAAACAACUACACACUGCAGCGAACGUGGACGGCUGUGGAUGGAUGCCAAAAUGCGGUGUCCGUCACCCGCAACUAUACGGCCAUUGAUACGACAGCACCCACAUUUGAGGUCCCGCCACAGAAUCUGUAUCUCGAAUGUGACGGCACGCCGCAGGACGCGGCCAUUCAGGCCUGGCUUGAUAACAAUGGUGGGGCCACCAUCCGGGACGCGUGCACUGGGCCCGUAACCGUCACGCACAAUAUUGCCGAGGUUGCCCACGGUCUUGUGGCUGGCUGCGCGGGUGUUGUUGGGAACGCAACAGUCACAUUUCAGGCGGUCGAUGACUGCGGUAACAUGGACCAGGCCAAUGCCACAAUUGUGCGCCGCGACACAACACCGCCCGUGUUUGUUGAAUUCCCCGAUAACGUUACCGUUUCGUGCAGCGCAGCCGAGCCCACCAAUUUUACCGUCGCUGUCACCGACAUUUGCACAGGGAAUGCAACCGUGGUGCUUGCUCAGACUUGGACCGAGCCCAGCGCAACCUGUGCUCACGCAUACACGGACGUGCAUCAAGAAGCUUGGGAGCAAGCCAAUGAUGAGGAUUUGGAGGCCGAUGGCAUGUACUCGGACAUGUUCAAUGAGCCAGAUAUUGGGGAAGAUGAGAGCGGUUAUUUGGAUGUGGGCGCGGACGCGCAGAACUUUGAGGAUGUAGAGCAGCCGGGAUUUGGAUUUGAUGCUUUUGACCCGAAUGAUGGCUUCGAUCAGAACGGGUUUGACGAUUCAUACUUUGAGGCCGAUGGCCUUGAUCAAAGCGGUAACGCCGAUGAAUAUCUCGAAGCCGAUGGUUUUGAGCAAGAGGACGCUGCCUUUGACGAUGAAGCUGAUGAAUGA